GAAUGAUGCCCGGGCAGCAGAGAGUGCCAGCAUUGAAACAAAAGAGUAGACACGUUCUACUCGUCAGAUUUUGGCCGAGUAGCUGUUUAUUGUAAAAAGUGGAGGUGAAAGAUAACCGUAUACUUGUAUGGUCGUGCAUCGGAGGAAAAGUGCGGAGGAGAGUAGUUCCAUUUCUUUAUCUAUUUUGUAUGUCAAAAUGUCUGCAUCGUCUUGUUUCAUUUCUGCCAUUUUUGAUUGUUUUUUGGUUUCCAAGAAAAGCUAUUUUGCAUCAUUGAUGUAUCGUUGGAUAUUGUUUGAUACCCCAAUCUUGGUAAUUAGUCAAUUCAAGCGCAUUUUAAUACCUAUUACGCAUUGUUUCCCUACGACAAUCAGUAGAAAACUGUCCGAUAGAGCGCGGCCGAACCUCAAGAGCGAGAGAGAUAUGGACGCAGUGGCUGCGAUUCAGGAUCGCCUCAAUUUUAUGAUGUCUCUCGAAAACACCUCGUCGCUGGCCGAAUCAGCGGCAUCCGUCCUGACGAGCGCUCCGACUGCUGCCGCGGUGGCAUCCUCCACCCCAUCAGUAUCCUCGCACGCGGUGGCCACUGCCGCAGCCGUUGCGGGGGAGAGCGUGAGCUCGUCGCCGGUAAUGACGCAGCUUGCGCGGAUUUUCAAGAGCCUUGCGGCGGUGAUUGUCAAGCAGACGACGGAGGUCGAUAUCCCAGACCGCAGACUCGGCAGCUUUGUGACGUACCUGACCUCUCCGUUCGCGUUGCUAUGUAUGCUAAUGGCUGUCAUUCUCAACCGGACGGUUGUUUUUGCCUCUGUCAGACGGCCGCGGACAAUGCCGUUCUUUCUCAGACUGCUCGUUCGGUUGGUCGCCAUCGUGCAGCUCACGCGCGCAAUUGGUCCGCUGAUAGUCGCUCUCAAGUGCUAUUCCACCGGCUUAGCUCCCUAUAUCCCGGAGUACUUUGCUGUAGCCACACCCGAGGAGUGUCCAAAGCCGGAUAUUCUCUGGUCGCUGUAUAAAGCGUUUUGCACUGGACACUUUGUGGAGACGUUUUCAAGUGCCUUGCAGGGCAGGCUGCCGUCGCGCGACACCGGCAUGACGUUGUUCGAGUACUCGCUGGCGUUCCAGGAAGCACAGUCUGCGCAGCGCCCUUCGGUCGAGGUUCUUGUCGUGUCGUUGCUUUGGGCGUUCAAUUAUCUUAUAUUUUUGAUUAUUUCGGUGUUUGAUUUGCAGCAUUACAGGCUCAUCCCUUCCACCGUUUUCGGCAUGAUCUCGCUCUCAUACUUUGGUGUAUCUGCUGUUCUCAACGAUCGUGCUCAAUACUUUCCCACAGUAUGGAUCAUCGGCUUUGCUCCACACCUCGCCGUCUUGUGCGUUAUCAUUCUCUGCGGCACAAUAUACACUCUCGCCGCGCUAUGCAGCGGCGGCACGGCAAAUCUUCAUGCCACCGUUCAGACCGUCAACAUCUCACUCGCCGAGGAUUUCUACUCUUGUCUUUUGAAGCUCGGGAUUUUGGUCCUCACUUCGGCUGCCGAUGUGACCUAUAUGGCUGAAGGACCCGCCCUUGCUGUCCCUGCGCGGACAUGGAUCGAAGCUCUCGAGUUCCAGAAACGUCCAGGAUUUGAAUCCAUUGAUGAACCACCUGAGACCGCAGAGUCAGCUGCCGCGUCGUCGGCCGCAGGCUCGAGUUUAAGACGUCGGAUCAAAUUUUCUGCGUCAAAUUUAGUCUCUGAAAAUUCAAGCAGCACCAUCGACAGCUCGGCUUUCGGCGCCCAGUUGAUCAGGAGACGCAGACACAGCCGCAGUGGACGACGGCGGAGCUCUGCUGGUUUUGCUGGAGGCUUUCUUUCAUCCCCGCUGUCGUCGUCGACUAGGGCUUCGACCUCUUCUUCGUCUGCAGUUGGCCCGUCUUCGGGUUAUGCGAGUGAAAACACGCGCGUGGGUAACGGACUGUCGGGACUUGACUCCGCAGGUGGACAGCGGAGGAAAGGUGCUGAUCGGUUCCGUUGGUUUGUGAUUGCUUAUCGCAUCAGGAUGGCGUAUAUUCUUGUGGUGUGGACGUUCCGGAUGUGUAGGGAUAUAGUACGCCGGGGAGUGCUGAAUAUCCGUCGAAAGCUCUUUGGUUAUGAAAUCCCGGAGACGGAGGAGAACACGAAUGUCAAUGCAGAUAGGGGGUUUGUGAACGCUUUAAUAUUUGGGUCGUUUACGGAAGAUGAAUGGUACUCGGCGCUGGUGAAUGGUGCCGAAUUUCCCGAAGACGACGAAUCUGGAGAGUUCAGUCCUGAGAGUAACAACGACGUUGAGGAGGAGGAUGACGAUUACGAGGAUGAUGAUGGAGACGCUGAAGAGGAUAAUGAAGGAAAAGUGGUUGUCGCUUCCUACGCUUCACGGUCGGCGGAUCUCGAGCUCUUUCCCGAACUGGAGGGCUCCGAUAUGUCGCUUGCGACUCUACUCAAUCCUCGGGACGACGAUGAGAGACAUUUAGCGGAUAUCAUGCGGGCACAUUUAUCAGCAAAUCAAAUUAUGACCCGGAAUCAGAUGUUGAACUAUCAGCAGUACCAGCAGCAGCAGCAGCAGCAGAUCGACGACGAAGGAUGGUACUCCGAUGACUCUGACUCUGACAUUUUCGAGGCCGAGAACCUCGCCGCUCUAAUUAACGAGAUCCGAAGCAGCAAGAAGCAAACCUCUCGCGCUCACAGCGGCUUUGAUGACGACGAUGCUGAUGAUAUAAGGUAUCAGCCGUCGCUGUGUGUGGUCUGUCAAGCCAGCCAGCGCUCGAUCGUUCUCUGGCCUUGCAAAUGCGUUGCCAUCUGUGAGGACUGCCGAGCUAGUCUUGCCGUACGAAAUUUCAAGGGUUGCGUGUGCUGCAGACGGGACGUGGUUUCUUAUUCAAAGCUGUAUGUCCCAUAGGCGGCAGCUACUCAUUUUACUACCUCCAAGUAAUCAUAUCAAGAAUGAUUAGGAUUCAUUCUGUAUUUCUGUUUUUUAAGCUGCUGGGUCAUCAAAUAUCGCAUAGGGUUGUGUGCUCAGGUUUUUGUUAUCUCUUUAGUUGUUUUUAUAUAUUGUUUGUCGCUGGUGCGC